UUGAGGCGCGCAAGAAAGUCGUAAUGAAGUUGAAACGUCUGCAUACAAACAAUGGCUCAAGACUAGACAAGACCGUUUGUUUCUUUUUCGUUAUGACAAGGGAGAGAAUUAAAAUAUGUCCACAAUAUCUGUCCACAGCAUAAACCACGGAGAAUGCGACGACAGACCCACAGCUUCAGCGUGGGAUAAAGAACAUCCGCGCGUGCUUAUACCUGAGCUCUGCAGACUCUUCUACCAGUUAGGAUGGGUGACUGGAACAGGAGGUGGAAUAAGUAUAAGACAUGGAGACCACAUUUAUAUUGCCCCAUCUGGAGUUCAAAAAGAAAGGAUACAGCCAGAAGACAUGUUUGUCUGUGAUGUGGAGGAGAGGGAUAUCAGCAGUCCACCCUCAUGGAAGCAGCUGAAAAAGAGCCAGUGCACACCCUUGUUCAUGAACGCCUACUCUAUGAGAGGAGCCCAAGCAGUUAUUCAUACCCACUCAAAGGCUGCUGUCAUGGCAACUUUGCUGUUCCCUGGCAAGGAAUUCCGCAUCACCCACCAAGAGAUGAUCAAGGGUAUUCGCAGAGGAAACUCUGGCUCAAACUACAGAUAUGAUGAGACCCUGGUGGUGCCCAUCAUUGAGAACACCCCAGAGGAAAAGGACCUGACAGAACGCAUGGCCCGGGCCAUGGAGGAGUACCCAGAUUCCUGCGCUGUCCUUGUCAGACGACACGGAGUCUACGUGUGGGGAGAGACCUGGGAGAAAGCCAAGACCAUGUGUGAAUGCUAUGACUACCUGUUUGAUGUUGCUGUUCAGAUGAAGCAGUGUGGCUUGGACCCAUCCGCACUACCCACUGAAGCCAAAGGAAUUGUUUGAUGUUCGAGCCUUUGCUGACAUCUUCAGCCUUUUUGCAGAGGUGGUUAAUGAGCCAUAAAUUUCUACUGUCACCCAGCAAGAAUUGCUGUCCUUCAGUCAGAUGCAGGCUAUUGUGAUACUUGGUUGGAUAUAACAUAAAAAUAUAAAUAUCACCAUUUCAUAAAUAAAAGUUAAAACUACCUUGUU